CUUGCAUCGACUGGCAGUCCAAUUAUAUCGCUCAGAGAAAAACCAUUCGCGGCAUUAAAUACGUAGCGCAUUUUGAUUAAUGUUGAUACAGAAUAUAACCCGUCGGUAGAAAAUUAACAGAAAUUUAUCAACAUCUAUUCAAAUCAAGUAAAACAGUUGAAACAUCACCAUGUUUGGGAAUUAUACAAAGUUCAAUAACCCUACAAACAAUAGGACAUACUUCAUGCUUCGAGAUGCUGUCCAACGUAAAAACAGUGAGUUGGCAAAAUUACUUUUGAACACUGGUGCUCAGGUGAAUAGCCCUCACAGAAGAUAUUGUAACACAGUACUUCAUUUCGCUACAAUGAAUAGUGAUGUAGAAUUGGUGCAAAUGCUGCUAGAUAGAGGAGCUUAUGUUGACAUAUCAAACACACAGGGUAAAACUCCGCUUCAUUUAGCAGUUGAAUGCGGCUCUGAGCCAAUAGUUGAAUUACUUGUCAACAAAGGAGCCAACGUAAACACUAUAGCUAAAGAUAAUUCAACGCCAAUUGAAAAAGCAAUCUCUACGUGGCAAUGUCAUAUUUUUUCACUACUAGUUUGUCAUGGCGCGAAUGUUAACAUUACUCUCAGUAAUGGUCAAACGUUACUUUAUGAAGCAGUUCAACGCGGCUAUACAUCUAUCGUUAAGUGUAUUCUUGAAAAUUCUUCAGUUAAUAAAAGUAUAAACAAAAACUGUCUUACAACAGCAGUACUUGAUGGAAAUGAAGAAAUUGAACAUCACUUGCUUGAGCAUGGUUUCGAAGUUGAACCUCAAUGUGUUAAUAAUUCAAAAUUUUUCCACGCUAUCGUUGCAAGAGGAUAUGCAAAAUUCGUAAAUGAUCUUUUGACAAUGGGUGCUGAUGUUAAUGCACUUCGUCAAGAAACAACUAAAUAUACACUUCUUCAUACUGCUUGUAUAAAUCGAAAAUUAGAAAUCACUAAAUUAUUACUACAGCAUGAUAUUAAUUUAAAUGUGAAAGACAAUAAAGAAAAAACGGCAAUAUUUUAUGCCGUAAAAAAUGGCGAUUUUAAUAUUGUAAAGUUGUUGAUAACUAACGGAGCUUGCAUUGAUGAUGAUCCCGAUUUACUUAAUAUUGCUGCUCAUAAUCAAUGCAUUGAUACUGUUCAAAUUUUACUGGAACAUGGUGUUGAUAUUAAUACAUCUGAUUGUUUUGGAAAUACGGCUUUACAUUCGUCAUUAAUUGAAAAGUUUUUCCAAUCAGUGGACAAUGUAAUGAGUAUACUCUCUUCUAGAAACGUUAAGGCAUCAUUAGUUCGACUAUUAUUGAACAAAGGUGCUGAUGUCAAUAUUCAAAUGAAGGAUGGUCAAACAGCGCUUCAUUUAGCUGUUCGGACUAAUAGAGAAGAAAUCGUAAAUACUGUUCUGGAAAGCAAUUCACAGGUAAAUGUAUCAGAUGCUAAAGGAACUACACCAAUACAUUUAGCUGUACAAACGGAAAAUGUAAUUAUUGUUUAUAGUCUUCUCAGUAAAAAUGCAGAUAUUAAAGCUAUGGAUAUAAAAGGUAUGACGGCAUUACAUUUUGCGGCUGAAGUAGGACAUCUCGAUAUUAUUAAAAUUCUCUUGAGAUAUAAACCUGAUGUCAAUGCCGUAGAUCAAUUUCGCUUGACACCACUGCAUUGUGCGGCUAAAUAUGGAUACUUGGAAGCUGUUAAAAUUUUAAUUGAGCACAAUGCUAAUGUAAAUGCCGUUGACAUAAGCGGUUCGACGGCUCUUCAUUUAGCUGUUGAAGCCUGGCAUUGUGAAAUGGUUAAGCACUUACUUAAAUUCAAUCCUGACAUGAAUUCACCAAAUGAUAAUGGUGAAACUUAUCUUCAUAUUGCGGUAAAAAAUGAAGAUAUUGAUACUACCCGAUUACUUUUGAAUUAUUCUAUUGAUGUUGAUUGCACCAAUAAAGAUGGAUUAACUCCACUAUUAAUGACUGCGCUCGGUAAUGUCUCGAUAUUAACUAAACUUCUGAUAGAGAACGGAGCUGAUAUUCAUGUUACCGAUCCAGAGGGUAGAAGUGUUCUUCAAAUUGCUGCUGAACACAAUAACUUAGAAAGUGCUUCAAUUCUAUUAGAGAAACAUGCUGAUGUUAACUGUAAAGACGAAUAUGGAUUGACACCACUACUAAUAGCAGUUCGUUCAAAUCAUGAAGACCUCACUGGCCUUCUCCUUGAGCACAAUGCAGAUGUUAAUUGUCCUGAUCAAAAUGAUAUGCGAGCACUUCACAUCGCUAUGGAGAACAGAAAUGAAAGUAUAGCUUUGAAGUUAAUAAGUCAUGGCGCCGAUGUAAAUUUCGUUGAUCAUGAUGGAGCGACUGUUUUUCUCAAUGCUGUUUGGCGAGCAUCUUCUCCACAAUUUAUCGAGAAAUUACGCAUGUUCGGUGCAGAUGUUAAUCACAGAAAUAACGAAGGAGAGACAGCUCUUCACAUUGCUUCAAGAGAGAAACGACCUGACAUUGUUGAUAUUUUAUUAGGUUAUGGCGCAGACAUAAAUAUCAAAUGUCAAAGAAAUAAAACCGCUUUACUUCAUUUAUAUAAGUACACCUAUUCAGACAACUUUCCAUCAUCUUCGGGCUGGGGAGGUUGUGAGAAUUCCGAUUGUAAUUGUUGGGACGGUGGUUGUUGCAAUAGUUGGCAGCAGGAAAUCUUUUCUUGCGAUUUCAUUGAAUGUUCUUUAAUUGUUGCACUGUUCAAGCGACAUAUUCUAAAGCUACAAGCCGCUAAAUUUGAUGUAGAUAAGAGUAAUAUUCAUACUCUUGAAUACUUUGACAAAAUGGUAAGUGACAGAGACAACGGUGAAAAUCAUGUCAUAGACUUUGAUACAUACAAAGAAAGUGAAAAAAAUUAUGUUAGUGAAGCAAUUAUGGAGUUAGAGUCUAUGAAAAAUGAAAGAAUUGGAAACAGCAACAUAUCAUUCUAUGAUUUUUUGACAAGUAGUGUGCAUCGGUUAGCCAGAUAUGUCAAGAAUAAAAAUAUAGUCGAAAUCAUAAAUUUAAAUGAUUAUGAAUUGAUAUUUCCUAUUUAUUCUGACUUCAUCAAGAGUCACUAUCAUAUUGGCAUGGCGAGGAACAAAUUGUUAGCACAAUGUGAGUUUCUGGGUGAUAUUUUUGUCGACUUACCCUAUACUUGCAUUGAUGAAAUUAUAAGUUAUCUUAACAAUCAAGAGCUAAGAUUUUUAACGAAUGCUUACAAAGAUCAUAAUUUUUCGAACAAAUGAACAAUUCAUAUCGUUUCAUAAAUUUUAUUAUUCCAAUUAUUGUAAACGAGAUCAAAAGUACACUCAUAUUUUUUGGCUGUUAACUUAUUCUUAAAAUAUUUAAAUAACUCAAUAAAAAUGAUUUCUUAUCAGUUUAACUAUUAAUAAAAAAUACAUAAAUACUAAGUAACAAAUUUCCACUGAUUGUUAUUAAUACGAUUGAU